AUGGGGCUGAAGUCUGGGGGUCGGCCAGCUUGUAAAAAUAUCUGUGACAACAGCACAAACAACUUGAUGGAAUGCCUGGACCCGCGUGACCUGUCAGGGCGCGCGUAUAACUGUAUCUGUGAAGAGGAGUACGCGGGCAAGCAUUGCGAGGUGGCAAGGUCCACACUCCAACCCUGCUACUCGACUCCAUGUCAGCACAAUGGAAGCUGCACUGAGGUCGACCGUUCUUAUCACUGUGGCUGCCUGGACGGUUACACUGGAAAAGACUGCGAAUCGGACAUCGACCUUUGCAUGGGCGUUACCUGCGAAAAUGGUGGAACGUGUGUGGAUGAAACAAGUCAGUUUCGGUGCGCAUGCGUAACCGGAUAUACAGGUCAGCUCUGCGAAAAGGACAUUAAUGAGUGUGGAGUAACACCUUGUCAAAAUGGCGGUACGUGUGUAAACGAGAUUGGAACAUAUUCUUGCACAUGCGCAAAAGGAUACAAAGGAACCCAGUGUGAACUUCCGUUCGAAGACUGUGAUUGGGAGCCGUGUUACCAUGGAGGCACGUGCAUACAGGAGAAAGAUGGCUUCCGUUGCGCAUGUACAUCUGAGUACACAGGGCGCAAGUGCUCUAUUCCUGUAGACUCGGCCCACUGUCUCGAAGAUCGGGACACGACUUUCGGCAGUGGACUGACGUGGCAGGACACCCUCGCGGACCGUGUGGACGUCGUGCCAUGUCCACCAGGGAUAAUUGGUAAUGCUACAAGAAAGUGCGUCCACGACUCCUCAUCCUCUAGCGGCGGAAGAUGGACUCGCCCGGACCUGGGAGAGUGCGUCAGUCCACGAAUCAUGGAAAUCAAUGAACUGGCAAAGGCCAUUCAAGCCUCCAGGACAGUCGACAGCGCCACCAUUGAAGACGUCACGAGACAGCUGGCAAACGCCACUUCCGUUGUGAGAGAUUACCAGGGGGCGCAGCUAUAUCCGGGCGACCUGGUGUUCGCGACCGGGAUCGUCCGAAUAGUGUCUAUAGCUGUUACCACUGCCCAAGACAUAUCUGACCAACUGCAAUCGAUCGCUGAUCUAUAUGGCGAUGCAGUGGACAACAUCGUGGACCCAGAGACGGUCAUCAUAUGGAGAAAUACAAAGACGAGUAUGAUAGGGGAGAAGAUGACGUCACUGCUGGAAUCGACAGAGGCUUUGGCUGAGAAUUUGAUAGUGCAUCAACUUCGGCGACGUCGAUCUGUGAACUCCUUCCCCUCACGUGACCCUCUUGUGGUCACAUCUAGAAACCUGGAGUUCCGCGUGACCAGUGUCCAGAAAGGGGUCAACGUGACUCACCUUCCGGCGUUUACGGGCUCUGCGGCCUCCAGUUAUAUCGAACUGCCCUCCACCGUGGCAGACAUUGCUUCCAGACAAACCGACGGUUCGUCUUUCAACAUCUACUACGCCAAGUUCCGGUCCAUGGCUACGCUGCUGUCGCUUAAGGAAGACCGUCACAAUGGUUCGGAGCCGGGUACAGUGGGCGUGGUCAACUCUGACGUCAUAUCCGGUCGGGUCCUCGAGGUGCCAGAAAGCUCCUUCAGGUCGCUGGAUCAACCCGUCGUCAUCACCUUCAGUCUAAAGAACACCACACUGAGGGAUAACCUGACUGAGUACUGUGUCUUCAUGAACAUGUCAGCUGUGUCUGACAAAAACCGAUGGUCUCAAGAUGGGUGUCAACUGAAGAGCAUUAACGGAAGUCACGUGACCUGUGUGUGCUCCCACCUGACAAAUUUCGCCAUUCUGAUGGACGUGUAUGGAACCUCGGAGCAUUUGGACGACAGAAACAGCCAGGUAUUAUCCUACAUCUCCUACAUCGGCGGCAGCCUCUCCAUCCUCGGCUGUCUCGCCACCAUCAUCGUCUUCGAGUACUUCCGACUGCGCAGUGACCGAGUGCGCAUCCAUGAACAGUUAGCAGCGUGUAUUAUCUGUGUCCAGACUGUGUUCCUGAUCGGGUUCAGCCGCACGGAGAGCAGCGCCACGCCUACAUGGGCGUGCAAGACGGUGGCCAUCCUGCUGCACUACUUUCUGACCGCCAUGUUCUGCUGGAUGCUGGUGGAAGGCAUCAAUCUCUACGUGGCGCUCGUCAAGGUCUUCAAGCGCGACAGUCAUAUCAGGAAAUAUUUCGCCAUUGGAUGGGGGGUGCCGCUGGUGAUUGUGGGGAUCUCAGUGGGAGUGUUCUACCAUAGCUACGGAACUAACGGAAUCUGCUGGCUGAACAACGAAAUGCUACUGGUGUGUUUUGUACCAACCGUUGGCCUCGUCAUCGUGAUCAACACGGUGAUCCUGUGUAUGGUGCUGAGGGUGAUGCUGAAGUCCCUUCACUCGUCGGCUAAAGUCGCCUCCAGCAAGGAGGAGAAGUCGGGAAUCUGGAUGAGCUUGAAGGCCGCCGCUGUGCUGUUGCCGUUGUUGGGGCUGACGUGGAUGUUAGCGUUCCUGGCAGUGGACGCCCCCGGUACUGAGGUGGUCGGCUACAUCUUCACAUACCUCUUCACCAUCUGCAACAGCUUCCAGGGCGUCGUGUUCUUCGUAUUUCACUGUCUACUCAACUCUGACGUACAUUCUGCAUAUGACCGUCGGUACAAGAAGAGGAAGCGACUGACAACAAUGACAUCUAACGACAUAACGACACUUCGACGGAAGAAGAGCUCCUCCGACAAUGACACCUAUGUUGCCGAGCCUUCAACUGUGAAAACACCGAUGGACAACAACCCUUCCGACAUAUCAUUCGUCGGGGGGCGGAGGGACAGCAGUACGUACCCUGAUGAACAGUUGCAGCUGGAACGACAACACAGCAACUUCGACGACUACGACGUCUCUGACACAGAGAAAAUAUGGCGUCGACACUCAGUGGGUCAAGACAUGAGCUACGACUCCUUCCCACGUCACUUCCGGCAGAUCGGCACCUACAAUGCCGGUUUCUCCCACCAAAACAACAUGGAGUCUGCGUUUGAUGGCCCUCCACGGUCAGCGGGAAAGUUCCACUGAUACAUGACCUCAGACUUAAUCACUCGGUUUUGUUUUGUUUUGGGUUCUUUCUGUUAACUAACUAUAGGAUGUUCUUUUCGGACGCAUCGGUGAUAAACGCAUUCAGACAUAAGAUCAAGCAUAUCGUUUUAAUCAAAUGUGUUUUUGUUCUGUACACCGAAAUGUUAAUGGACCGGAAAUAAACAAACAGACAUGCGCAGUAGUCGUAGCACCAUCUUCCUUUAAUGUAGCCAAGUAACAAUAACAAGGUCUACAGAAAAUGUUUCUGACCGAUAGGUAGGAAUGUCUUCGAGAAUUUCCAAUCAGCAUCCUGUUGUCAGUAGACAUUAAUGAUAUAUACUCAUCUUUUUACUUGCCAUUUUCAAGCUGCAUACAUCUACAUUAAUCAACCCUCCCACUCUACACAUUCAUAAUGCUUAUAAACUUAGUUUUUUAAUGAAUUAAACGUUAAUUUAUAGUAUUUUUCUCUAGUUUGUUAAUGUGUCUUAAUUAUGCCUCCGAUUCAGUAGAAUAUUUCGAAUACGUUUUGCUAAUAUGUGUAUUUUUUACUUCUGAUGCAAUUAUUUCAUUCGUGCCAUGUUUUGAGUGCCAGUGUUUAGACUACCGUUCUUUUGAAACGUUUUGUCAAAUAAAAUGAAACAUUAUUUUUA